ACUGACAUUUAGAUUAUGGAUGAUUGUGAGUUAAAGGAACACAAAGCUGAACCUCCAGGAUCCAGCGAUCCUUUUAUGAAAAAUGACUCAUCCAAAUCAAGACCUUCAGGCUUCAGUAAUGAGGCUGGCCCCUCCGACAUCAAGUUUGUUUUCAGAGGUCAGAACCACAGAGAGAUAGCAAAACCUCCAGGAUCCACCUGUCCGUCUAUGAGGAGUGACUGGUCAAAAGAACAACCGAUUCACUUCAGUAAUGAACCAGGGCCCCCACACACAGAAUGGAGGGAGAGUAGCAGCGUUGGUGUGGAGGAGCAGCAGUCCUGCUGUGCUUUGUGUCACAAGGUCUUGAUGGAUCCAGUCUCUACUAGCUGUGAACACCGGUUCUGUAGCCAGUGCCUCACAUCAUACUGGGACCAGUCUGCUUCAUCACAAUGCUCCUCCUGUCCCCAGUGUGGGAAAAGACUCAGAACAUCAGCCAAUCAGAGCAGCUGCGCACCAGAAAAUGUUGGUCUGCAGGAGGUUUUAGAGGAACAUAAGAUCAGUCUGAGGAAGAGAUGUAAAUGUGUGACUGAAGGAAGUGAUGAAACAGGAUGUAAAACUCUCCUCAACGGGAUCUACACUGAUCUCUACAUCACAGAGGGACACAGUGAAAUGGUUAAUACUCAACAUGAGGUCAUGCAACUAGAGAGAACUUCCCAGAUCCAGAACUUCCAUGACUGUCCAAUCAGGUGCCAUGACAUCUUUAAAGCCUUUCCUGACCAACAUGGAGCCAUCAGAGUGGUUCUGACCAUUGGGAUUGCUGGUAUUGGAAAAACCUUCUCAGUUCAGAAGUUCACUCUGGACUGGGCAGAGGGCUUGGAGAACCAAGAUGUCAGUGUGGUGGUUCUGCUUUCGUUCAGGGAGCUGAACUUGAUCAGAGAUGAGCAGCACAGUCUUCUCACGCUGCUCCAUGUUUUCCAUCCAACCCUCCAGAAGCUCCCAGCAGAGCAACUGGCUGUCUGCAAACUCCUCUUCAUCUUUGAUGGUCUGGAUGAAAGCAGACUUUCACUGGACUUCAACAACAGUCAGCUGGUUUCUGACGUUACACAGAAGUCAUCAGUCAACGUUCUGCUGACAAACCUCAUCAAGGGGAACCUGCUUCCCUCGGCUCUCAUCUGGAUAACUACCAGGCCUGCAGCAGCCAAUCAGAUCCCUCCUUCAUGUAUUUCCAGGGUAACAGAAGUACGAGGCUUCACUGACGCCCAGAAGGAGGAGUACUUCAGGAAGAGGUUCAGUGAUGAAGAGCUGUCCAGCAGAAUCAUCUCCCACAUCAAGACCUCCAGGAGCCUCCAAAUCAUGUGUGGAAUCCCAGUCUUCUGCUGGAUCACUGCUACUGUUCUAGAGAACAUGUUGACCUCAGAGCAGAGAGGAGAGCUGCCCAAGACCAUGACUGACAUGUACUCCCACUUCCUGCUGGUCCAGACAAAGAGGAAGAAGAACAAGUACCAUGGAGGACAAAAGACAAGUCCACAGGAGCUGAUGCAGGCUGAUAGGGAAGUUCUCCUGAAGCUGGGGAGGCUGGCGUUUGAACAUCUGGAGAAAGGAAACAUCAUGUUCUACCAAGAAGACCUGGAGCAGUUUGAUCUGGAUGUCACAGAGGCAUUGGUGUACUCAGGAGUUUGUACAGAGAUCUUCAAAAGAGAGAAUCUGAUCUUCCAGAAGCAGGUCUAUUCCUUUGUUCACUUGAGCAUUCAGGAGUUUCUGGCUGCAGUCUACAUGUUCCACUGUUUCACCAACAGAAUCACAGAGGUGAUGGAGAAAUUCUUCGGACAAAAGAAUUAUGACAUAUCUAUGGAGGGCUUAAUGAAAAACGUCCUAGAGAAAUCCUUCCAAAGUAAAAAUGGCCACCUGGACCUGUUUGUUCGCUUCUUUCAUGGCCUCUCAGUUGAGUCGAACCAGAGACUUUUAGGAGACCUGCUGGAUCAGACAGAUAACAAUUCAGAAACCAUCCAAAAAAUCAUCAACAAUCUGAAGGAGAUUACCACUGAUGAUAUCUCUCCUGACAGAAGCAUCAACAUUUUCCACUCUCUAUUGGAGAUGAAGGACAUCUCAGUUUAUCAGGAGGCCCAACAGUUCCUGAAGUCAGAAAAUAGAUCAGGGGGGAAGCUCUCAGAGAUCCAGUGCUCAGCUCUGGCCUACAUUCUGCAGAUGUCAGAGGAGGUUUUGGAUGAGUUGGACCUGGAAAAGUACAAUACAUCAGAGAAUGGACGACUGAGACUGAUUCCAGCUGUGAGGAACUGCAGAAAGGCUCGACUUGGUGGCUGUAAACUCAAACAGGCAGAAUUUGAAGUUGUUGCUUCAGCUCUGAAGUCCAGCCAACAUCUGACUGAACUGGAAAUAAGUCAGAUCCACAUAGAUGGAACCAGUACAGACUCUGGACUGAAUCAUGUGUGUGAGAUCCUGGAGAGUUCAGUCAGUAAAGUAAAGAGUCUGAGACUGGAGUACUGCAGUUUGUCAGAGGUCAGCUGUUCUUCUCUGGUCUCAGCUCUGAAGUCCAACCCCUCCCAUCUGACUCAACUGGACCUGAGAGGAAACAACCUGAAAGAUUCUGGAGUGAAGGAGAUCUGUGGUUUUCUACAGAAUCCAGAAUGCAGAAUACAACAAUUAAUAUUGAUGAACAGCUGGUUGUCAGAGAUCAGCUGUUCUUCUCUGGUCUCAGCUCUUAAGUCCAACCCCUCCCAUCUGACUCAACUGGACCUGAGCUACAACAAGAACCUGAAAGAUUCUGGAGUGAAGGAGCUCUGUGGUUUUCUCCAGAAUCCUGAAUGCAGAAUACAACGAUUAUCAUUGAUCCACUGCAGUUUGUCAGAGGUCAGCUGUUCUUCUCUGGUCUCAGCUCUGAAGUCCAACCCCUCCCAUCUGACUCAACUGGACCUGAGAGGAAACAACCUGAAAGAUUCUGGAGUGAAGGAGCUCUGUGGUUUUCUACAGAAUCCAGAAUGCAGAAUACAACAAUUAAUAUUUAACCACUGCUGCUUGUCAAAGAUCAGCUGUGAUGAUCCGACCUCAGCUCUGAACUCCGACCCCUCACCUCUGACUGGACUGGAGCUGAGAGGCAACUACAACCUGGGAGAUGCUGGAGUGAAGGAGAUCUGUGAUAUUCUACAGACUGGAUGGAGAAUACAACGAUUACAAUUGAAGAGCUGCAGUUUGUCAGAGAUCAGCUGUUCUUCUCUGGCCUCAGCUCUGACCUUUAACCCCUCACAUCUGACUGAACUGGACCUGAGCAACAACAUCCUGAAAGGUUGUGGAGUGAAGGAGCUCUGUGGUUUCCUACAGAAUCCAGAAUGUAAACUACAACGAUUACAAUUGAGGAACUGCAGGUUGUCAGAGAUCAGCUGUUCUUCUCUGGCCUCAGCUCUGACCUUUAACCCCUCACAUCUGACUGAACUGGACCUGAGCAACAACAACCUGAAAGAUUCUGGAGUGAAGGAGCUCUGUGGUUUCCUACAGAAUCCAGAAUGUAAACUACAACGAUUACAAUUGAGGAACUGCAGUUUGUCAGAGAUCAGCUGUUCUUCUCUGGCCUCAGCUCUGACCUUUAACCCCUCACAUCUGACUGAACUGGACCUGAGCUGGAACAACCUGAAAGAUUCUGGAGUGAAGGAGCUCUGUGGUUUCCUACAGAAUCCAGAAUGUAAACUACAACGAUUACAAUUGAGGAACUGCAGUUUGUCAGAGAUCAGCUGUUCUUCUCUGGCCUCAGCUCUGACCUUUAACCCCUCACAUCUGACUGAACUGGACCUGAGCUGGAACGACCUGGAAGAUUUUGGAGUGAAGGAGCUCUGUGGUUUCCUACAGAAUCCAGAAUGUAAACUACAACGAUUACAAUUGAAGAAAUGCAGUUUGUCAAAGAUCAGCUGUUCUUCUCUGGUCUCAGCUCUGAAGUCCAACCAACAUCUGACUCAACUGAACCUGAGAGGAAACAACCUCAAAGAUUCUGCAGUGAAGGAGCUCUGUGGUUUUCUACAGAAUCCUGAUUGCAAAAUACAACAAUUAAUGUUGCCCUCCAACACUCGGCUCAUCAACGAAUCACCACCAACUGUAACUUCUACAUCCACUGCAGAUACGUCUUCGCCGAGACUCGACUUCUUUCUUUCUCAUCAAGAUGAAUCACACAGUCAGUAUGUGGGACCUUCCAGGACAGAUAGGCAGAUGACUGGGAUUUUUAAUUUUCCCACCUUAAUUCCACAAAGUAAGAAAGUUUCCACAGAAAAGCCUCCAGAACUUGUUGACAAGUUAGAACCACCGUGUUUAAAAUACAGCAGACAAGAUACAGCAGGAAACAACCAAGAUGAAAUAAUGGAGUCGGUUGGACAUGUGAGCCACUCCGUCCCAAACAGAUCAGCCUCUACUGACCUUCUCCAGACUUCAGGAUCUGGUUUGAGAAGAAGAGACCUCAGUAACUCGUCUCCUUCUCUCCUCUGUCCUCUGAUUCAUCAGGAUCCUCCUCUAGACGUCAGUAUCUUACCCCGAGCUGCUAGUUUACCCAACAUGAAGCUCCACAGCAGCUUUGAGGAGUUUACUCCUGGUUUCUGUGGAGAUGCAGAUGAUGAAACCUACUGGUUCCAGUGCUCCAGUCCAGGCCUGUACCAGUGCAGAGUGAGCGGCCUGGUGUUUGACAUGAAGGGAGGAGGAGACGUGUUUUACAGGGUUGUUCCCUGGAACAGAAGAUUACUGAGCCCACAUGGCAAGAAGCCUGCAGGACCUCUGUUUGACAUCAGCUGCCAGCAGCAGUCUGUGGCUUAGCUUCAUCUCCCUCACUGUGAGGUCCGCUCCACAGGACGAUGUCACUUCCUGUCCGUCGCUCAUCUACAUGACGAAGGCGUCGAGUUCAUCGGACCUGAGAGGAUCACAGAGACUCACAUCAUCAUCAGCAUCACAGGGUUUUCUGCUUUUGGGAACGUCAAGGAUGAAGAUUCUCCUCCUGACCCGGUCCGAGCCUUGGUUCUGCUGUUCUACAAACCUCCAGCUGAUCCUGAGUCAGAACACGAGAUUAAUGUGUUGAUGCUGCCAAAAAACGUUGUUCUCAACAAUGUGCUGCGUUUCAGGAAGAAAUUAGAC